UUUUUUUUGAUAAUUUUGUACCAAUUGGCCACUGAUGAGUUUGAUAAAUUAAACAAUUGAUGUCUCAAUAUGGGGACUGAUUUCAGAGUAGCAGAGGGUGUGAGUGAUGUUAUAAUAAUAUAUAGAAAACAUUGGUUACUAUUGAUUGUCAGAGAGGAAAAGUAAGGCGCGUGAAAUUUGUUUUGGCUAUGGUACCUAAGAUGGGACGGACAGAUUUAUCCGUGGCUAAGGGACACAAACCCCAAAUGGAGUUGGUACAAUUAGAGUCGGACAUGGUAUUGGAGGCUAAAGGCCAAUAGCCACAGACUUCUCUCCCCAAUAGUGUCAAUAGCCAUGAAAUAGUGGUGGUGGCUAUAGGCCAAAUAGCUAGUAGUGAUACAGCCAUACACUAUGAGCAAGCAACAGUCCAAGACUUCUGACAGAGCUCCAAUUAGCAAACACAUAGCCAAAGGUGUUGCGUGCCAUGAACUGUGAAGCCGCCACAUAACCCCCUUUGCAUGCUGAUCCCAAAUACUGUGCAGACACGCAUCUCUGUGCCCAUACCCUCUUCCGCAUCCUUGUCACCAUUCUAGCCAUUUCUCUCACCUCUCUCACGCUAAACUUCUCUCCCUCAAUCACCUAUAUAACCCACCCCUUUGUUCCCUCUUCAUCAACAUUUAAUUUUCUCAGCGUCAAUUUCCAUCACUCUUUCAUUGUUUCUCAUCUCCAAUUUGAUAUUCUCAUCGACGUUACCAUCAAAACAUGAGCAGUGUGUGCGCCGAGCAGCACAAGUUUCACACCUCCCACCACCUCCUUUCAUCCAAGAAAACCCACAACCUCCUCAGAGAAGUAGACAUCCCACCGAGGAAACUCCUCACCCGCCGCACCGCCGCCCACCAAGACUUAUCCUUCUCCCACGACAUGUACGGCACCACCGACUCUCCCCGCUUCUCUGCUUCCGACGAGGCCCUCCUUCGCAAGUUCCUCCCCUACAACACCGGUGCCUCUGACGACGACGAAGACGACGCCUCCGACGACCCCUACUCCUCUGACCACUUCCGGAUGUUCGAGUUCAAGGUCCGCCGCUGCACCCGCAGCCGCAGCCACGACUGGACCGACUGCCCUUUUGCCCAUCCCGGGGAAAAGGCCAGGCGCCGUGAUCCCCGCCGCUAUCACUACUCCGGCACAGUCUGUGCCGACUAUCGCCGCGGAGGGUGUAGCCGUGGCGACAGCUGUGAGUUCGCACACGGUGUUUUCGAGUGCUGGCUGCAUCCGGCAAGGUACAGAACCGAGGCAUGCAAAGACGGCAAGAACUGUAAGAGGAAGGUUUGUUUCUUUGCUCACACGCCACGUCAGCUCCGCAUCUUGCCUGUGAAUCACUCACGGAGCUCUUCACCUGAUGAAGUGAUCUCUCCUAGCUCGGGUUCUUGCAAGAAGAGUAUCAAGUACCUGAACUCGGCCAACUCGCCGAGUUCGACUCACUGCUGUUUGUUCUGCCGUUCUGUGACUUCUUCCCCGACUUCUACUCUGCUCGGUAUGUCGCAUCUGUCGCCGCCGUUGUCGCCUAUGUCUCCCUACGGCGAAUCCAAGUGUCACUUCUCUAGCGGAUUGGAUCAGAGGCAUGCUAGCGCAGCUGGGAUGCUGAGCUACAAAGAUGUGCUUUCAGAGCUCAUGACCUCUUUGGAGGCCAUGAAGUUCAAUAACAUGGAAGCAACUUCUUCACCUGUUUCAUCACCAAUCAGUUCUGCUGCGGCUAAUUACCAGAAUACCCCGUUGGUUGACGUUUCUUCAUACAAUGCUUUUGCUGCUGCUGCUGAAGAUCAGCAGCAACAGUUCAUUCUUUCACCAUCUACUCCAAGCCCUUCAUCAGCAGGAAUUAAUUUUUUCAGUCGCGGUAGUAGUACUGGAAAUUGCUCGAGGAAAAGCUUGGUCUUCGAUGAGCAGAACAAUGCCACUGAAAUUAAUGGAGGAUGUGGCCCCGACCCGGAUCUUGGAUGGGUUAACGAUCUCUUGAUGUAAUUUGAGGAUUCUGACCAUUGCAUAACUAAUCCAUGAAGAUAUAUGACGAAAUAAAGAUGGUGGGUGAUCCAUCAGGAAGUGUACAUAUACUUACUGCACCAGUCGUAUAUAUAUGUUGCUAUAUAUAUGUGAUUUGGUGUAAAUUAUUGUCAACUAUUUUGGAAUGUAAUAUUGUUGUCUGUUUUGAUUCGAUCAUGAUGAUCAUUUGUUUAUGUAAUUUGCUUUUAAAUUCGAGAGAGUAAUUAAUUAGGAGUUCUCUAUGCUUGUAUAGAGAACCGGAUCUGUUAUUGUUAAUUUCAUGUAUUCUUUUUUGUGAUUGAACUGAUUAAUUUCGAGAGUGUGAA